GUUUGGAACUGGUUCUUGGCGUGGAAUGGGCCAACUCGUCGGCGGCACACAAAGCUGCCAGGACGGAUGUUAAGUUUUCCAGGUGACAUCAGACAAGAGGCAGCCGACUCCUGCCUUAAUUAAUAACACACUUUUAGGAUUAUACUAGGGAUUUACAUGAUAGAAUCAUGGAUAUGGAGGGUUGAUUCAAUUCAUAUACAGGAUGGAUUAAGAUCUACUUGUCAAUCACACAAAGUGGAUCAAAUAAAAAAUUUAAGUGCAAAAGUUACGUGCUUGAAUAGGUAUAGAUAUGCUAGAAAAACUCUCUUCGCUCUAGUAGUGUGGAAGGAUUCUUCCCAUUCGUGCAAUUUGCAAACGAUCUUGAUCUUCUCCAGGGAAAAACACAGGAUAUGUGGGACACGCCAAUUCGAUCGACGGGAGUCGAGGUCCUGUUUGUUGGAGAAAGUGUGGAGCUCCCACCGGCACUGGCGAUUAGAGGCUAACUGGCCGAGCACCUGUUUGUAGUUUUUUUUACUGGUGCUGACGUGCUGUGAGUGGAUUUGUGUGCCUAAAAGGCAGGUUGUUUAGGUCUUGAUGUCAUCCUAUUUUUUUCAACGCAAAUAUAUGUGUACAUAUAGGGCACAACUUAUAUAAAAGGAACCGGUAGCACACACAUUUGUGUAUAUAUUGAUUGUCACAAGACAAAUUGGGUCUUGCAUCAAUCUUAAUGCGAAAUUUGAUCGAACGGCUAUUAAGCACAUUCAAAUGCUAGUUCAAGCUUCUCCCGCCUCACUCCCCUGGAGGAGACGGAGGCCGAGAUGCCGCCGCCGUUCGCCUCCAUGGACGCCUUCUACCUUCACCUGCUCCGCUCCUGCGCAGCGCUGCCGCACGUCGCCGCCGUGCACGCCCACAUCGCGCGCGCCCACCCCGCCGCCUCCCUCUUUCUCCGCAACUCCCUCCUCGCUGCCUACUGCCGCCUCGGGGGCGCCCUUCCCGCCGCUCGCCUGCUCGACGAAAUGCCGCGCCGCAACUCCGUCUCCUUCAACCUCCUCAUCGACGCCUACUCCCGCGCCGGCCUCGCAGAUCACUCCCUGGAAACCUUCGCGCGCGCGCGGGCGGCGGGGGUCAAGGCGGACCGGUUCACGUACGCUGCCGCACUCGCCUCGUGCUCACGGGCGGGCGACGUGAGGACUGGAAAGAUGGUGCACGCGCUGGCCGUUCUGGAAGGUCUCUCUAAUGGUGUGUUUUUGUCCAACUCGCUCAUCAGCAUGUACGCUAGGUGCGGCGAGAUGGACGAGGCCAGGCGUGUGUUUGAUGUCUCCGAUGAGCAUGACGACAUCUCCUGGAACUCACUGCUCUCCGGGUACGUCCGGGCUGGUGCGCACGAGGAGAUGCUGAAGGUGUUCACUCUGAUGUGCCGGCAUGGCAUGGGCUGCAACUCAUUCGCGCUUGGGAGCGUCAUCAAGUACUUUUCUUCUGGUGUUGAUAUUGCUGGGCACUCUGCGGAAGCGGUCCAUGGAUGCGUGGUGAAGGCUGGGCUGGAUACUGACGUGUUUCUAGCAAGCGCAAUGAUCGACAUGUAUGCUAAGAAAGGCACCUUGAGCAAUGCUGUUGCGCUUUUCAAGUCGGUGCAAGACCCGAAUGUGAUUGUUUUCAAUGCAAUGAUUGCAGGAUUCUGUCGGGAUGAAGCUGGAGUUGGCAAGGAAGUCACGAGAGAAGCUUUGAACCUGUAUUCAGAGCUGCUGAGCCGAGGGAUGCAACCUACUGAGUUCACAUUCUCAAGUGUUCUACGGGCAUGUAACUUGGCUGGUGAAUUUGAAUUUGGGAAACAAAUACAUGGCCAACUAAUCAAACACAGUCUCCAAGGCGAUGUCUAUAUCGGCAGUGCGCUCAUCGACCUGUACUCCAACUCUGGUUGCAUGGAAGAUGGAUAUAGGUGCUUCAGAUCUCUUUAUAAGCAAGACAUUGUCACCUGGACAUCAAUGAUUUCAGGGUUUGUUCAGAAUGAGCUUUUCGAGAAGGCACUGAGAUUGUUCCAAGCAUUCUUAUGUUGUGGACUGAAACCUGAUCUUUUCACUAUAUCGAGCGUGAUGAAUGCAUGUGCGAGUUUGGCUAUUGCAAGAACCGGUGAGCAGAUCCAGUGCCUUGCCACGAAAUCAGGUUUUAACCGGUUCACUGUAAUCGGGAAUUCCUGCAUACAUAUGUAUGCUAGGUCAGGGGAUAUUGAUGCUGCAACUCUGAGAUUUCAGGAAAUGGAAUCAUGCGAUGUCGUCUCUUGGUCUGCAGUGAUAUCAAGCUAUGCACAGCACGGUUGUGCAAGGGAUGCUUUGCAUGUUUUCAAUAAAAUGAUGGAUGCAAAGGUUAUUCCUAAUGAGAUUACUUUUCUUGGUGUCCUUACUGCAUGUAGUCAUGGAGGAUUGGUUGAUGAGGGACUCAGGUAUUAUGAUAUUAUGAAUAAGGAAUAUGGGCUGGCCCCAGCCAUAAAACAUUUCACUUGUGUUGUUGAUCUCCUUGGACGAGCUGGGAGGCUAGGUGACGCUGAGGCUUUUAUAAGGGAUUCAGUCUUCCAUGAUGAUCCUGUCGUUUGGCGGUCUCUGUUGGCCUCAUGUCGUAUUCAUGGAGACAUAGAGAGAGCUCAACUUGUUGCAUAUCGGAUAAUGGAGCUGGAACCCACAUCCUCAGCAUCAUAUGUUAUUCUUUACAACAUGUACCUGGAUGCUGGGGAGCUUUCCUUAGCUUCAAAAACUAGAGAUCUGAUUAAAGCGCGACGUGUAAAGAAAGAACCUGGUCUUAGUUGGAUUGAACUGAAGUCUGGAGUUCACUCCUUUGUUGCUGGUGACAAGUCCCAUCCAGAGAGCAAUGCAAUAUAUACAAAACUGUCAGAGAUGCUUUCCAAGAUAGAAAAGCUGGCAAGCACUGGUAAUGCUGGCACAGAGUCAAAUGACAUCUCUAGCAGGGAGCAAACUUUGGUGGGUUGCCACAGUGAGAAACUAGCUGUGGCAUUUGGAAUGAUUCAUUUGCCACAAUCAGCACCAAUUCGAGUAAUGAAGAACCUGAGAGUUUGCCUUGACUGCCACUCGACUAUGAAACUGAUAUCCGGUAGUGAGAAUAGAGAAAUAAUCUUGAGAGAUGCAAUUCGCUUCCAUCACUUCAGAGGUGGUGCUUGUUCUUGUGGUGAUUACUGGUGAUGACCUGUAGAAUAGAAUUUUUAUAGGUUUUGAGUCCAGGAAGGUAGAUUGGACACUCGCUGUACAUUACAAGUUGCCAUAGCAUGAAAGGAAAGACCUGUGCCGUGAUGAAAUAUUUUAUAAGAUAUCUUAGCGUAAAUCAGUUUAUGCAUU